AUGGCUAGUGAUGAUCAUACAGGGCAAACAACAUUGGACUGGAGUGUUGUUCGAGGAGUAGUGCAAGUUGCUGAGCUCUUACUACAAGAGGGUGGUCGUCUAAAUGCAGCUAAUAUGGAUGGUUAUCAGGAGAGUCGGAAACUUAAAACGCAGUUGCUAAUGGUCCAGCAUCACUUGGUUCUUCUACAAGUUCUGAACCAGACACAAAAAUUUCCAAUUUUCUAUGAACUGAACGAUGUACGGCCUUCCACAAAAUGGAAGCAAUCUUUUAUUGAUGAAGUAAAGAUGACUUUCCGUGCAGUUUAUCAAGUUAAGAAAGGUGAAUUUCUUGAAGCUCUGGUAGGCAAUGAUCAAGCAUCUAGAUUGUUGAAGUCUCUCUAUGGUCUUAAACAAGCUUCAAGAAAGUGGAACAUUAAACUCACCACUACCUUGAUUGAUUCAGGCUUCAUACAGAUCACUAGAGACUAUUCUUUGUUUACUAAGAGGAAGGAAAAUAAACUGGUGGUUGUAUUGAUUUAUGUAGAUGAUUUACUGAUGACAGGAAGUGAUUACAGUAUGAUUCAUGAAACCAAGACAGUCUUGCAACAUGCAUUCAAGAUUAAAGACCUAAGGGAACUAAGGUACUUCCUUGGGUUGGAGUUUGCUAGAAGUGAAGCUGGGAUUCUUAUACAUCAGAGGAAGUACACUUUGGAGUUAUUAGCAGACAUGGGACUAUCAGGUGCUAAACCAGUGUCAACACCUAUGGAGCUGAAUCUAAAACUCACUACCACAGAGUUUGAUUCUCACAUAAAUCCUGCACAUAUUGAUACACUCCUUGAAGACCCUACAAGCUAUCAAAGGUUGAUUGGGAGGUUGUUGUAUCUCACAACCACUAGGCCAGACAUAUCAUUUGCAGUUCAAUGUUUGAGUCAGUUCAUGCAUGCACCAAAGGCCUCACAUAUGGAUGCAGCACUCAGAUUGGUGAGGUAUUUGAAGACAGCACCAGGUCUAGGAAUUCUAAUGUCAUCUACUGGUGGAAAUAAUUUGCAGGUGUUUUGUGAUGCUGAUUGGGGUUCAUGUAUCAACAGCAGAAGGUCAAUCACUAGAUACUUAAUCAAAUAUGGAGAUUCUCCUGUCUCAUGGAAGUCCAAGAAGCAGGUUACAGUCUCUAGAAGCUCAACUGAGGCUGAGUACAGAGCCAUGGCCUCAACUGUUGCAGAAGUUGUUUGGACUGUUGGUUUGUUUCAGGAGUUAGGUGUUGUCAUCUCCCUACCAGUACCUGUUUAUUCAGAUAGUACUGCAGCAUUACAAAUUGCAGCCAAUUCUAUGUUACAUGAGAGAACAAAACACUUUGACAUUGACUGA